UGUGUAGGUCACAGCAUACGUAGACAUUCUGGGCUGUCAUGUUUCUGACCCCCGAUUUCUCCAGCCCAUGUUUCCGGUCGAGUUUUGUCAAGGACUAGAAAUUUUGAGAGAUAAGCUCUAGGCUUGUUUGUUGAGUUUUCUUUCUUCAACUGAGGUCCAACUGUUUGACCCAAACAAUUCAAAUUAGAAAAUCGAGAUGAGUAAACGAAGCAUGAAAGCUCUUAGAUGUUUCCCAUCUGGCUUACCAAGAUAUGGGGGUUAAACGUUUGAGUUUCAGCACUUUCUGCAUGUUGGGUUUCGCCAUUUUUCCUUAGCUCCCAAAUGCUUUCUUUUUUCAAGCAUUCUUCUUCUUCUUCUUCAUCAUCAUCAUCAUCACCAUCUUCUUCUUCUUUGAAAUCUUCAUCUCCUUCUGUUUCUGCUCCGACGCACGGUGAUGGUGCUUUACCCACGAGGCGGGGACAAACACAAUCGUUUACCCAGAGGCGGCUCACUCGGCAGAGGAAGCUCCGGCACCCCAGCGACCGAGACCUCGGCUUGCAGUUGAGUGAAGGGUCGUAUUUAUCGCCGCCUGGUUCGCCCAAGAAAUCGCAUUCAUGGGGUGAAUCGGAGCACUGGUCAUGCUCAGCGGUGCCGCAAAGGUUGCCGCUUCCUGAAUUGUCUUCAAGUUGGAGACCAGAGUCAACGGCAUUGAAUUCAGGGCAUGCUCGUCUCGGAUCACCGAAAGAAGGGUCGGCCUCUUCCUUGGGGAGGAGCUGUCAGACAAGUGUUUUUUCAAGUCCUGUUGUUAGCCCUCAAAGACAAAACGCUCGGGAGCUUUUUCCCACUUGUGUGACCCCAAGUUCACUCAAGUUUUCAAACAAUUAUUGUCGAGGAUUCUUUCAAGAUUUAAAUGAUGAAUGUGUCAAUGGAAACUUCAGCCUGAAAGUUCCUGCUAGGAGUGCUCCCACUAGUGUUUUUUCAAGUCCUGCUGGGAGCCCACGAAGAUUAAGUUCUAGGGAUCUCUUUCCUUCUUCUCUGGCUUUUCAAGAAUAUCAGCAUAACCAUGUUGGUUGUUAUUCAAAUGUGCAACCAACGAGAACCAUGCCUGGUCCUGAUCAGUCUCCUCUACAUGGCCCAAUACUCCAAAGUUCCCAUCCCUCACACAAAAGUCCAAACAGAACUGUGUUUCCUUCACACCAUAAAUUUGUAUCAGAGAGUUAUGUGGAAAGGCCUGAGAUCAGUGCCCACCCUUUGCCACUUCCUCCAGGAGCAGUACUAUCACCACAAUCGUCUAUGCAACCACAAUCAACUACCACCAUACAGCAUGUGAUCGAACAACCAUGCGUAUCAUCUUUUACAGGUCAAUGGAUAAAAGGAAAACUCAUUGGGCGUGGUACAUUUGGAAGCGUAUACCUUGCAACCAAUAGAGAGUCUGGAGCUUUAUGUGCAAUGAAGGAAGUUGAUCUCAUUCCUGAUGAUCCUAAAUCUCUUGAAUGUGUAAAGCAGUUGGAGCAGGAAAUAAAAAUCCUCAGUCAACUAAAGCACCCAAACAUUGUGCAGUAUUUUGGCAGUGAGAUAAAUGAUGAUCGCUUUUACAUAUACUUGGAGUAUGUUCAUCCUGGAUCAAUAAAUAAAUAUGUAAAUGAACAUUGCGGAGCUAUUACCGAAUCUGUGAUUCGCCAUUUCACUCGCCAUAUUCUCUCUGGGUUGGCUUUCUUGCAUAGCACAAAGACGAUCCAUAGGGAUAUCAAAGGUGCAAAUUUGCUUGUUGAUGCAUCCGGCAUCGUUAAACUUGCAGAUUUUGGGCUAUCUAAACAUCUUACAGGAGAAUCAUAUAAUCUUUCUUUGAAGGGUAGUCCAUACUGGAUGGCUCCAGAGGUCAUGCAAGCUGCAAUGCAAAAUAGUAAAAAUCCUAACCUUGCUUUGGCUGUUGACAUAUGGAGUUUGGGUUGCACCAUCAUCGAAAUGCUGAACGGAAAACCCCCUUGGUGUGAGUUUUCAGGGCCUCAAGCUAUGUUCAAAGUUUUGAAUAGAUCCCCACUCAUUCCGGAAACAUUAUCCGCAGAGGGAAAGGAUUUCCUCCAACAGUGUUUUCGAAGGAAUCCUGCAGAGCGGCCAACAGCUAAUAAGCUACUAGAGCAUCCUUUCGUACAAAAUUCACAUGAUCAUAAUGUUUCAGUCUGUUUGCAGGCAUUUUCUACUGUUGAUUUUAUGGAUAAACGACAUACCAUUGCAGAUGACAAGGAGAAUAAAGAUGUGAUGUCAAUCGGCACACGAAUCAUGAGCAGGAAUCUGCCCUUUAUUGGUGCAACCUGCCAACAUUAUGGUUCUUGUAAGUGCCCUAAGGCUUUCUAUCAUCCUCCAUCCGCGCCUCAAGCUUUCCCUGGCCUAUCUACGACAGAGUGUACUCGGAGUUCACAUAGUUGCAGCCCUUCAAAUAUUUUCAACAAUGUGUCCCUUGGCACUGUCAACAACCAUUCACUUGCGCAUACAAGGAUUCAUGGAAGGGAAGUUUCACACCUCUGAAGUAUUUUUAUACUUGACUUAGAUUGGGAAUGGAACUAUGGUCCUCUUAGUGUACAACUGGGCAAAGGGCAGCAGUUGGUUGGAAGAGACGGUUCUGGGACUUCUGAUGGAGAUCUUUGCAUUGUCAUUUAGAGCUUUCUUCUGUACCUUUGAUCUAGAAGAGGUUCAAUUUACCAUAUAUGAAUCUUUGCUGCCUCUUUUGGCCUUACAAGGCCUUUACCAGGAAA